GGGGAACGUCAGCGAGCCUUAUGAGAGACUGCCUACGUUACUGGACUGUUUGAUGGGCUCAAAAGAAGGGCACCGAAAAACAAAUUAUUCCCUGAUCAUGGUUCGAUCCAGAGAAUAACUCUCCUCUGUCACUUUUAUCAAAUAUCUCAAAGACGAGGGGAAACCCUUGAGACCCUAGAAACCACGCGGUCGAGCCGAUUGCUCGCAUUAUUGCUUUUUGUUAUCCUUUUGAUCCAGGGUUUUCGGCCUGAGAGUGCCGACUUCUGCGCACUCCUGAAGAUCAAUCAGAAAGCGCAUCCACUGCUGUCUUUGCCUGCAUCAGCCAGAACUAUGAGUUACAUUCUUUAUUCGCUAUCCUUAACUUUCCUCAUUGUUGCAACAGUCCUUUGGUUUACCCGUCAACGAUGGGUCCACCUUGUACCCGUUCCAGGCUACAUUUAUGAACGCUUGCCAAGCACCUUUGCGGGAGACAUAGAGGCAGGGUUCAGCUCCAACGCAUUCGAUCUAUCAAGUAACCUUGCAGCUGGAGACUCUCGUGCAGGUCUAGAUGCCGCGAGCAAGCGAGAAAUACGGAAGAUCAUGAAGAAGCGCAAAGUGAAUUUUGAUGAAGCCAGGCGAAUCUUCACGGAGCAGAGCUUUGCAAAGAACAACAUUGGGCCGGACGGGCGACCCAGGGAUCCGAAAUUUGUCUCGUUCUCGUAGCGUUGUUGGUCUUGCAAUGAGCCGCUGUCUUAGUUUUACGUCAUUCUCUUCCUCUAUAAGCGCAUCUUUUCUUUCUUGGGUUCUCUUGUUGCAUAGUCGUCGAUUCAUCUAUUUUGGGUCGGUGUUUAGGGUGGAACGAACAGCGUCUAUUCACUAGCUGCGACGGGAAGGUUGGGGUGUCAGGGUUUUGCAUAUUGUCUUAGACACGGCGUGGUUUUGGAUGAGAUCAGGGCGAGUGAAUAUUGUUCUACAUUUCCCUCCCAACUCCGGCCAUUUUAUGCUAUUAAUACAAACAUUAUUC